GGUUUACGGUUCUCCUCCUCGGCACCUAACGUGUUGCCGACGCCUACAAAUAUAUCUCUCUUGUCCUAUUUGAGUGUUCCCUUCCUGUGGAGGUCGAAUCCAGCCGGCUGUAAUCUCGAGCUCUGCGGCAUCCUUCGGCUGCAGACAUCCCCAAACUUCUUUCCACUUCACCAUCAGAAUUUAUAGGCUAAAAUGGUUGAGCUCCUGUUCGAGGAUAUCUUCACGGUGACCAGAAUCGAUCCUGAUGGCAAAAAGUUCGAUAAAGUGUCUAGGAUUGAAGCACGGAGUGAGCAGUUUGAUAUGUACAUGCAAUUAGAUGUGAAUUCGGAGCUUUAUCCACUUCAUGUUGGGGAAAAAUUCACAAUGGUUCUUGCUUCAACUCUCAAUUUCGAUGGAACACCUGACUCCGGUUAUUUCAUGCAGGGACAGAAGAAGUCACUUGCAGACAAAUAUGAGUAUGUUAUGCAUGGCAAACUCUAUAAGAUUUCAGAAGAGAGCGCCGGUGGCCCUGAUAUAAAAGUAGAGAUUUAUGUGUCAUUUGGCGGUCUUCUAAUGUUGCUGAAGGGGGAUCCCUCAAAUGCAGCCAACUUUGAACUGGACCAGAGGCUAUUCCUACUCAUUAGGAAAGUCUAAUCAAACCUAUAUUUAGCCUUAAUAAUUAAUUAUUAUUAUGUAAUUCUAAGAUGAGAACAAACUUAGUGUUUAUGGAAGGCUUCUUGAACUGUUGUUUUAUGUAAAUUUUGGUACCUUAUAUCUGUUGGUCAUGCGUCUCUGCCUUUGCAUUGGAAAA